GGACACACAAGCAGGAAUAUCUCAGAAGGACAUCUAAUGUUAUCCCCGGAUUGUGACAUAAAAGAUAAUGACAGUAGACAGGAUUCUUCAGGAGAUAACCCCAUUACACCAGUUAUACAUCCAGCUCUAUCAGCUGAUCCCCCUGAUCCUGGGAAAUGUUCUCCUGAUCACUCUGAUAUUGGUGCAUCUGUUACAGCUCUGACAGUAGAUACAGUGUUUCCCUGUUCUAUAGAUGCCAAAUGUUUUACACAGAACACAAAGCGCAUUACCCAUCAGCCAGCUAAGGCAGGUGAGAGGCAAUUUCCGUGUUCUGAGUGUGGGAAAUGUUUUACAUACAAAUCAGCUUUUGUUACACAUGAGAGAAGUCACACAGGUGAAAAACCAUUUCCAUGUUCUGAGUGUGGGAAAUGUUUUAUACAUAAGUCACAUCUUGUUGCACAUCAGAGAAGUCACACAGGUGAGAAACCAUUUCCAUGUUCUGAGUGUGGAAAAUGUUUCAUACAAAAAUCACUUCUUGUUAGACAUGAGAGAAGUCACACUGGUGACAAACAAUUUCCAUGUUCUGAGUGUGAAAAAUGUUUUAUACAAAAAUCAGCUCUUGUUAUACAUGAAAGAAGUCACACUGGUGAGAAACCAUUUCCAUGUUCUGAGUGUGGGAAAUGUUUUAUACAGAAAUCACAUCUUGUUAGACAUGAGAGAAAUCACACAGGUGAGAAACCAUUUCCAUGUUCUGAAUGUGGGAAAUGUUUUAUACAUAAGUCACAACUUGUUAGACACGAGAGAAGUCAUACUGGUGAGAAACCAUUUCCAUGUUCUGAGUGUGGGAAAUGUUUUAUACAGAAAUCACAUCUUGUUACACAUGAGAGAAGUCACACAGGUGAAAAACCAUUUCCAUGUUCUGAGUGUGGGAAAUGUUUUAUACAUAAGUCACAUCUUGUUGCACAUCAGAGAAGUCACACAGGUGAGAAACCAUUUCCAUGUUCUGAGUGUGGGAAAUGUUUUAUACAGAAAUCACAUCUUGUUAGACAUGAGAGAAAUCACACAGGUGAGAAACCAUUUCCAUGUUCUGAAUGUGGGAAAUGUUUUAUACAUAAGUCACAACUUGUUAGACACGAGAGAAGUCAUACUGGUGAGAAACCAUUUCCAUGUUCUGAGUGUGGGAAAUGUUUUAUACAGAAAUCAGAUCUUGUUACACAUGAGAGAAGUCACACAGGUGAGAAACCAUUUCCAUGUUCGGAGUGUGGGAAAUGUUUUGCACACAAAUCACAUCUUGUUAGACAUGAGAAAAGUCACACAUGUUCUGAGUUUGAGAAAUAAAUCUGCUUUGUUUCACACAUUAGACAUCA